UCUUUCAGCACAAUUUUUUUUAUUGGUGUAUAUAUAGGAAAUGAUAUUAUGCGUUGUGUCUGCUCACACUGACAUCCGGCUUCUCCGGGCUCCUCACAUCUACAGCUGGAAACAUGUGCCCGUCCGGAGGAGCUCUGUGGCCAUCAUGGUCCAGUGGAGGGUCAAGGACGGGACAUGGACCCCUGGCUUUCUUCUCCGAGCGCCAACCCCCCAGAGCCUUCGCCUUUAUCACAACAAGACCACGCGCAUGUGUGUGUGGGCAGAACGAAUGGCUCUUCCUACCUCCUGAGGGUAUUUAAGCAGGAGCAGAAGUCUCAGAAGUCGGAGCAGCAGCAGCAGCAGCAGCAGCAGACCGACUCCAGCCGACAGCAGCUUCACUCCAACAUCAUCUGAGGUGCCACCGCUCUGCAUUCAGACUGACACUACAGUCCUGCGACAGAACAUCCACCCUGAACUAUCACCACCAUGUCUGAUCAAAGCACCACCCCGACUCCCUCUCCUGCCCCCCCUGUUCCCUCCGGACCCCCUCCGAAGGUGACGAACCGCGGCCGCACCGCAGUUCCCAUCGCAAGCGCCAACGCUGACACCACGGAGGUACCUGAGUUUGAGCCCUUUGGUGCACCGGGGCCCAGAGGAUUCCCACCUCUGACUGAGUAUCUUGACAUCUUGGCCGUGGACAUGAUGCGGAGCCCGGAUGAGAUCAACAAGACUCAACACCACACCAAGUUUUACAACUCUGACUCUCUCAUCGUCCGUCGAGGACAAGAGUUCCAGGUCAAGAUCACCUUCAACCGUCCCUACAAACCUGCGAGUGACAAGUUUGCUGUGGAGUUUGUCAUCGGCGCCAGUCCUCAGUACAGCAAAGGCACCUAUAUUCCCGUCUUCCCCACCCAGGAGCGUCAGAGCUCCUGGGCAGGCCGCAUCACAAACAACACCGAGAAUACCGUCACCAUGGGCAUCACUCCUACACCAGACUGCAUUGUGGGGAAGUACCACAUGUACGUCGCUGUGGUGACUCCCUUUGGCAUCCGUAGGACCAGAAAGGACGACAGCCGAAACCUCUACAUCCUCUUCAACCCCUGGGCAUCAGCUGAUGCCGUCUUUCUGGAUGAUGAGACUGAGAGGCAGGAGUGCGUGAUGAAUGAGAUGGGGAUCAUCUACCACGGUGCAUAUGACGACAUCGCUGAAAGAGACUGGAACUACGGACAGUUUAACUAUGGAGUCCUGGACGCCUGUCUGUAUAUCAUGGACAAGGCUGCCAUGCCCAUCACUAACAGAGGAGACCCCAUCAAGGUGACCAGAAAGGCCUCUGCUAUGCUGAACUCCCGCGAUGAUGAAGGCGUGCUGGUGGGGAACUGGACCGGCGACUACACAUACGGGGUGGCACCAACUUCCUGGACUGGUAGCACUGAAAUCCUGCUCAGCUACGCCACCAGCAAGAUGCCUGUCUGCUACGCUCAGUGCUGGGUCUACGCCGCCGUGUUCAACACCUUCCUGCGUUGUCUGGGCAUCCCAUCGCGAGUUGUCACCAACUACUACUCUGCUCAUGACAAUGAUGGAAACCUGAAAACGGACAUCAUCCUGCAUGACAACGGCAGGAUCGACCGCAGUCGCACCAAAGAUUCUGUCUGGAACUAUCACUGCUGGAAUGAGUGCUACAUGUCCAGACCAGACCUCCCAGCUGGCUUUGGAGGCUGGCAAGUUGUGGAUGCAACACCGCAGGAGACCAGCGAUGGCAUGUACAGAUGUGGUCCUGCGUCAGUCCAGGCCAUCAAACAUGGACAGAUGUGCUACCCAUUUGAUGCCGCCUUUGUGUUUGCUGAGGUCAACAGCGAUGUGGUGUUUUACUCCCGCAGUAAGGAAGGUACCAUGGAGCCGGUCAAGGUGAACCAGACUCACAUAGGCCGCAUGGUUUUGACCAAAGCUCCAGGAGACGUGACUCGCAGAGACAUCACUGAUCAGUACAAGUUUCCUGAAGGCAGCAAGGAGGAGCGGACCGUUCUGGAAAAAGCAGAAGAGUUCGGCUGUCAACGUGAGAAGUCCAGCCCUCCUGAUGCUGACGUGGACUUGGUCCUGCCCACCCUGGAGGUCACCGUGGGCAACGACUUCGAGCUGAGCCUGGAGUUCAUAAACCGCAGCGAUCAGCGCCGCAUCGUGGACAUCUACGUCAGCGGGAGCGUGGUGUAUUACACCGGAGUCACCAGCACCGAGUUCCUGUUUCAGGAUCCCACAGUGACAAUCGGCCCAAACAAAAGUGUGAAGGAGGUGGUGCUGGUCGAGUCAAAGAACUACAUGAAGCAUCUAGUGGAACAGGCCAACCUCAAUUUUAUUGCCACUGGGAAGGUCAAGGAGACCGGCCAGAUCGUCACCGCCAUGAAAGUCAUCACCCUGCACAAUCCCAAACUCUCCGUCGAGCUGUCCGGCGGGGCCAGAGUGAGUGAAGAGAUGAUUGCAACUGUCGAAUUUACAAACCCUUUCACUUUCGGCCUGGAGGGCGUCCACGUUCGCAUGGAAGGGCCCGGACUCAUGAUGCCCAAGACUAAAUAUUACAGUCUGAUCCCAGCAGGCGCCACCCUGACCUGGGCCGAGUAUUUCAGCCCGCUGAGGGCCGGCAGCACCAGAGUGAUGGUUACGCUGGACUGUCCUGCUCUGAGACAGGUCCGAGGCCAGGCUUCUGUCACCAUCCAGCCCUGAGGACCACGGCAAGAUCACUGACAGCCAACGACAUUCAGCUCAGAUAUAAACCUAUAACACAGUUACAAAUCUGUAUGCGCUCGACAGUUUAACAUCUGUAGCUUCAGCACUUAUGAUUACUAAAGUGAUAGAUUUAGGCUAUGGAGGACCAACCCUGAAAAUAAAUUACUAAAUGAAUAAAUGACUGAAGAAAUUAAUAUUCCAUUAAAUGCACUAAGCACAAUAUACGAAAUUUAGGCAGUACAUGAGACAUAAAUUGAUAUUUCUUUGUUAAAUCAUUUCUGUAUUUUUUUUUAACCUUUGUAUUAAUUCCCUUUGUUCAAAUGGGAAUUACCUGUGAAAGUAAAUAAAUAUGAGGAUAAACACAAAGAUAAAUGAAUACAAAGGCAAAUUAAAUCAGAAAUAUCAGUUUGUAUCACAUUUUAUACAUGUGUUUGUGCCUACAUUUAUUUUUAUAGUGUAGUAUAUUUAGUGCAUUUAAAACCAUGUAUUUAUUUCUCUAUCGUUUAUUGAUUUAGGCAUUUCUUGUCCGCCAUAUAGGUCAAUAAUUUCAAGUUAAAGCUGGUCCAAGUAUUACAAAUGUUAACUGAUUUUAAGAAAGUAUAUUUUGGAGAAAAAAAAAAAAUCUACAGCUUGCUUCUUCAUUUUAACUCAAAAGCAUGGAUGUUUUCCAAAUUCUCCAACUCAUUCAACUGCUCACUAUUUUGUAAUCGCAUCCCCCCACUGUUAACUGUCACAUGUAUGAAGUUUGAUGCCCUGCAUUGUGGGGUUGUUGGCAGAAGGCAGUGAACCUGGCAUGGAUAACACUUCUAUUGCUUCUUUGGAGUUUUUGACACUCAAAACGGCAGAGCGUGAAGACAGGGCUAUAUCGAGUGAAAAAUGUAGGUAUUACAGACACAAUGUUUAUUUUAUGUUGAUCAAUUUAUUACCACCAGGAGGCAGGAAUACAUCCAUUGACUUACAACUCCAACAGAGGCAGAGCAAAAUGAUUAACCCACCAGGUGGUUUUCUGGUGAUUUGAUGCGUUGAAGUAAAAUACUCAGUCAUUUUAACUCUAAGUAACCCAACUCCUGCAAAAAACAUCUUGGUCAUUAUUUGUUAUGAACAUUCAAUUGUAUUCACCAGCUAGUGGCUGUCUUUCUCUGUCUGCUGCUUGGCAGGUAGUUAAGUGGAUUCAUUAGAGCUGAAUUUCUUCAGAAUGGCUUCCUGCAGCUUUUAGAAUCAGGGUUGAUUAGGGCAGUGAGACUGUAACCAAAACAUUGAGCUAGAGAGGUAGAAAGCUUAGUAGAAUAGCUGCCUUGGUUGAUAAUGUUCCGUCAUGCUGUGUUUCAUUUGAUAUACAAAAUAUUGUUAAAUGCAGCUUGAACUUGGAUUUGUUAUAUGUACUCCAACUACGCAACUACAUCUAUUAUACUGAAGUAUUAAAGUUUCUGCUUGAAAACUGUCAAGAGGUCUUUCCACCUCUUUAUCAGUCUAUAAAAACUGUUUUUACACUGUUUUCUUUGUACAAGAUGCAAAUGCAAAUAUCAACCAAAUAAAAAAUUCCCUAUA